AUGAUUCACAAAAAUGUAGUAUUUGGAAAUCAUAUCACAGCCCAUAAGUUGGAAAGAUUAAUUCAAAAAUAGAAGAUUUUAUUGAAAUCUCCUUUAGAUUAGAAACAAUAAACGAAAAAUAGGAAAAUUUGCAAGUCUAAAAGCUUCAGAUUUGAAAUUCAGCCACAUGUAUUUUAAACAGCACACAACUCUACUUUCAAAAAUUAACCACUAUUAUUAUUACCUAUUGAUAGGAGUCCUAAUCGCCGUUCUUCUUCUAAGCCUGUUUUAGAAGUCUUUUCAAGAAGUUAGAAUUCAAUGACAAGUUUAUAAUUAAAAAACGCUAUCGUGACUAAUAAAUUGCAGAGGAGAUGGAGUAAUUAUGAAUUAGUAAGUGAGAAAUAAAAGCGUCUAAACAACAAAGCUCCAAAAUCAGUAAUUAAAUAUCAAUAUCUUAUGGCUGUAAAAGCAAAGAAAAAGAAAAUACAAAGAAUGAAAAUGCAAUACAAGUUUUUGGGGAAAAAGAAUAAUAAGGUUAGAAAAACUAGAAGUAAAACAUUGCCUUUAAAUCCUGUAAUCAAAAUGAGACACAAAAGAGCUUAAACAGUUAUUGGAGAACCUUAUGAAGGACUCAUCUUUCCUUUAGAGGAUAGUUUAAUUAGAAAAAUCUUUAAAUUAAUAAUGUCCAAGAAAGCAGCAGUUAAAAGAUAAACAUGUUUUUAGCUUCCAAAAAGAAGUAUGCUACUUUCAAAAGAAAAAUUAAUUAGAUUUUAAUAGUAAAUUAAUGAAAAGCUAAUUUCAUAAUCAGAAUCAGACAGCUAAAUUGAGGGAUCCCCAUAUUUGGAUUCAUUAAGAUCGAAUCAAAGAAGAGUUUAUUUUGAAGAAAAAAAAAAUUAAUUAAAAAUUAUGUCAAAAAAGAAGAAAAAUCUCAUCAAAGCAUUAGUAAAUAAGCAAUCUUUUAAUAUAAUUAAUUCUUAUGUUGCAUAAAAGGUUAAGACUUAAAAUUCUUAGCAUUAGCAUUCUCUCCAUUAAAAGAGUACUCAACAAACCCUGUGUGAUUUUAUGUCCAAAUAAGGGGAUAGAUUGACUACAAUUCAUAGUACACAUGAGCAACCUCAAAUCUCGUAGAAAACAAAACGAUCAAAAUUGUUAACUAAGCUAUUCCCUUAUAUAUAACCUUAGAAAAUUAUCAAUAAAUGA